GACACUCGUUCGGGUUGAAGGCGAUUUCACGCGAACGAUUUUUUCUCGCAUCGAGUACCUUAUCCUUUCCCCUCGAGCACUGCCUCACCCACUCCCCCAAGUCUAGCCCCCCGGCGAUUACAGCGGCGAGUCCUUCCGGCGAUUGGAGCGGCAGCGAGUGGCGCGGGAGUGCGGCGGAGAGGAUGCGGGAGGGCUGCGUCCAUGCGAUAGGGCGACGCAUGCCGGGCACCACGCCGCGCCUGCGGGAGGAGGCGGUGGCGAGGAUGCGUCCGGCGGGAGGGAGCUCCUCCUGCACGUCCAGGGCGCCGUCCGGCACCACGAGUGCGCGCAAGCCGCAUCCGGGAGUGCGAGCAGCGUGGCGCUGCAGGUCGCGCCCGCCACCGACAUCCUGCCGCGGCGGCGUGGUCGGCGGGGACCCGUUCGCGGCGUCACUUUGUCGGGUCGCGCGAGUACGGCGGCGAGGAUGUGGAUGGCUGCAUCGGGCGGCAACGUAGCCGGUAGAUAUGGAGGCGACCGCGGCACUCGAGAAGAGGGAGCGGCUAGUGAUUGGGCCAAGGUCUGGGUCCUCCCGUCGUCGCACACGGUCGCUGAGGAGAGUCGACGGCUAUGGAGGACGUCGAGUGGCGGUGGCAGCCGCUCCCGCUUCUGCUCCGAGUGUAUCAAUGGCGUCGUCAGCCGUCGACCCCUCCAUUUGGGGCUUGCUCGAGAGUUAUCCAUCGAGUUCUUGUAUGCAUGUUUGGUUGAUUGGUUCAGUACAUAUGGCCAUGCAAUUGAAGAAGAAACAAAGUCUAAAUCAUUGAUCGAGCAUAAUAUGGGAAUAAGGCCUGCAGGGCCUGGUGCGUGGGUUGUUCGGGCUGGGGCGUUCGAUCGAUGCCCCUCUUGUCCCGAACUUUCGGACUGGGAGCAUCCCAGACCAAACGGUCGAGAGUUAUCGACGUCCACAAAAUAAGGCACGGCCCCACCCUCUUAAAAUCAGAGAGAUGAUUAAAUUAAAAAGAAAAAAAGAAAAAAAAACAACCGUAGGAUGAAGUGGAAGCACGGAU